AUGGCGGCGGAAUUGCUGGUCCCGGGUGACGUUCUGCGCUUUGACCACCGCCUGCGUCCGAGUCAUUUUGCUUUGUAUCUGGGCAACGAUCGAGUGGUGCACUUGUGGUCCGACCACUGGUUUGGUUUCAGAGUGCGCGUGGACUCGAUUCGCGUCGUGCAAAGGAACUUUCGACCUGCGUGCACCGAUUACUCGGACGAGCUCGACAGAACGAUGUGGUCGAGCUACCGACUGCGGCCGUUUGACGGUCAGGAAAUUGUACGGCGUGCCUUGUCGCGCCUUGGUAUGUCUUAUUACUCCUUCUUGUGGUUCAAUUGCGAGCACUUUGUAACGUGGGCACGUUACGGAUUCGAAGUGUCGCUACAGCUGCAGUCAAAAGGGCUUUCGCUCGCAGCAGUAGCUACUGCAAUGAUGUGUGUAGUGCCCGAAGUGGCAAUUGGAGGGUUUGUUGUUUUAGGUGUGGCGACUGCGCUGGCGUCGUCAGCUUCGCUAUCAAGCAUUGGUAAUUCAGACAGGGACCAGGACAGCGAUGUUGAAGUGAGCCAGGAAACGUCGAUAUUGGAGAGACGACGUGCUGCCCGUCCUACCACCGAGUGA